GAUCGUGGGGUUGAUAGUACCAUUUUUCAGAAUCCCAAAAAGCUUCACCUAACUAUUGGGAUGUUGGUACUUCUAAGUGAACAGGAGAUCCAGCAGACGUGUGAGAUCCUGCAGCGUUGUAAAGAAGAAUUCAUUAAUGACAUUUCUGGAGGCAAACCCCUGGAAGUAGAGAUGGCAGGAAUCGAAUACAUGAAUGACGAUCCUGCUAUGGUGGAUGUUCUUUAUGCCAAAGUCCACAUGAAGGAUGGCUCCAACAGGCUGCAGGAACUGGUUGAUCGCAUGCUGGAGCGAUUUCAGUCCCUGGGACUCAUUGUGAAGGAGUGGACCAGUGUGAAACUGCACGCCACGGUCAUGAACACACUGCUCAGGAAAGACCCCAAUGCUGAAGGCAGGUACAAUCUCUACACAACAGAUGGCAAAUAUAUCUUCAAGGAAAGAGAAUCCUUUGAUGGCCGGAACAUUUUAAAGGUCAGUAUGAUGGAGCAACCUGGAAGUCUUUUGGAAGAAGAGGAAGCAAGUUGUCGCCUUUUCACACUGAUGUGA